GGCGGGGCGCAGGCAGGGUAAGAUGGCGGCGGGGGGCGCUGCGGACGCCCAGGCGCGUUUCGGCCACUCGGUGAAGGGGCUUCUGACCGAGAAGGUGACGAGCUGCGGCACUGACGUGAUCGCCCUCACCAAGCAGGUGCUGAAGGGCUCCCGCAGCGCCGAGCUGCUGGGUCAAGCUGCUAGAAACAUGGUGAUGCAAGAAGAUGCCAUCCUGCACUCAGAAGAUGCAAGAAGCAAUUCAGAAGAAGUGAGUAGUCAGAUGAAGCAACACCAGGAGAACCUGGGGGAUGUAUGGGGGUUGAUGCAAAGGGAAAAGCAAUGGAGUAGGGUGGGAGAAAAUAGAGUGAAAAAGUUUUUGGCAGCUGGCAGAUCUUGCCCAGUGGGAGAGUGUUUCAGGAGUGUGAAGAGUUGGAGAUUUGAGCGGAGGGAGGAUUUCUACCAGAACUUCCAUUUGUUUCAUUAACAUGAUGGAACUUUUGAGGGGUGUAGUGUAGAGCUGUCUGCUUAUGAAAACACAAAAUGAGGUCUGCCUUGUGGGUACACUGAGGUGGGUUGUGGAAUCCCAGGGUUUCUCGUUGCUGUAGGGUCAGCACCCAAGCUGUUCUGAUGCCAUGAGAUGAGAUCUGUGGAGCAGAUUUCACUGAAUCUUUUCUUGCUUGGUUCCCAGUGUUGAGCAGUCAUCAAACCUACAGGACCAGCUGAGUCACUUGCUGAAAUGAAGCAUAGCUGAAGAAAGUACAAGGACAUCUCGACUGGCACUGAGGGCAGCGAAGUGUCCUUUCCCCUCCAGACCCUGAGGUUCAGACCUGUGUCUGGAUGGUGCUGGAUGUCAGCUGGGAUAUGUGCAGAUUCUGUGUUUCUGGGCAUGUGGGCCCCUCUUCUAUGCCUCCAUCCACAUCUCUGUUCCAGGAUGCUUGUCUGCUCACCAGCACCUAAGAAAUUUACUUGAAACUUUACUCCAGCCAACAAUUCCUGUGUCCACUUCCCUCCCAUGUAGUGUGAGGUACUCAGCCCACAGCAGCACCCCAUGAAAGAAAUGCAUAAAGUCUAGCCAUGCAUUCUAGGUGCAGGUGGCUGCAGUUUGACACUGGUGUGUGUUUAGGCACAGAGUACAAUUUAGGGCAUGUUAAUCAGUGGGAGCUGCAAGUGCCUGGGUGGGUGAGAGCGGUGCUGCAGUAUAGACUGAGAUGUCAGUCCCAGCCCAGGAUUUCUGAAGAGAUGAGUCUGGGCACACAGCCCUGUUGCUGGCCCAGCUGGACAUGGUUUGUCCAGCAUCCUGCUAGGAGUUUAUCUUAUUUUCCAUUCUGCCAGACUUUGGAAUUUCAUCCCCUUGACAGCCCAUCUGCACGGCCCUCGGCCUUCAGCUGCAUUCCUCUUCCUCCAGCUUUUGAUGAAGCAGCCUUGGCUGUGGUGUGUGCUUGUAUCUGGUUGGGAAGGUAUCCAAAGGCCUGACCAGGAAGCAGAUGGGAGAGCAUCACAAGCUGGUGUGCUUAGUUCUGGACUCUGGUGUUGGGGGACUAGCGACUGGGCUCCUAUUCAUGUCCCAGGGAGCAACAUCCUGCCCAGAGUAUAAAUACUGAGGGUUUUUUUGGUAAAUUGCUUAUCUGGAGCACUUGGAGCACAUGGGAAGCACUUGUUUGCUUGAGUGUGCUUUUCAUCAGCUGAUAGGAGAAGGCAGGCUGGAAGCUGGCAUUGGCCUGUCACAUUCCUGAUGGAGCACUGCUGGGGUUUGGCUCCUGUGCUGCUGAGCCUUCUCAUCUGCUGCAUUCCACCAUCUGCUUCAGUGCCAUUGCCUGUUUCGGCUUCAUCUGGUGUAACACAACUCCUGCACCCCCACUGUUAGCCCAGCAGCUUUGCAGGUACGCUUUGGGAAUGAGGGUUUCCUCUAAGCUGCUAUAGAAUCUGUGACUGAGAAUAAAAGCUGCCCUGACUACCACCAAAAUGCAGUGGAGUCUGUG